AAUAAAAAAAUGGAAAACCCGAAUGUUAAACCCCAACCAAACAGCAGCAGACCACCCAAGAAAUGUCCAGUCGUCGGCCGCCAUGGUUGUUGCAACGGCGCUUCAUCACCACCAACACACACACAAAACCCACAUCAAACCCGACCCAUAAUCCAAAAUGGUGUGUCAAACAAGUCUCAAAAUCCAAUUUUUCAGAGACCCUCGAAAAUAUAAAAGAUCAAAUCUUGAAAUCUGAUUAUAUAGCCGUGUCUUUAAAGAAAACUGGCUCGCACUCAGCGCCGUGGCACCGAACAUUGCCUAUAGACACAGCCCAGACAGCUUAUUUGAAAGCUAAGUAUGCUGCUGAAAGGUUUCAGCUUUUUCAGUUUGCUGUUUGCCCUUUCUCUAUUAGGGAUUCCAAGCUCAUUGCGUAUCCUUAUAACUUUCAUUUGUUUCCUCGGGAUGGUUUGAAACUAGGAAUGCCUUGUUACAGUUUUAUGUGCCAAUCUUCAUAUCUGACCUCCAUGGCUAAUGAAGGGUUUGAUUUUAAUGCCUGCAUAAAUGAUGGUAUAUCAUACUUAUCCAGAGCACAAGAAUUGAUUGCAAGAAAUAGAAGAGGGAAUCCAGUGAUUAGUAAUUUGGAACAAUCUUCUUCGCCUCAUUCAGUGGCUGAUUCUUUGUUUUUAGGAAGAAUUCAGUCUCGGGUGAAAAGCUGGUUAAAAGCAUGUAAAGAAUCAAAAACAGGAAGUGAAGAUGCUUUGAUUAGAUCUCUAAGAAAGCUCAUGGUUGGAAGUGAAGAGUAUGGAUCCAGGCCAUGCUUGAGGAUAGAUGUGUGCAGCGAGCGGCAUGUGCAGCUUGCACUUGAGGUGUUAAAGGAGUUUGCUGAUGAUGUUGUACCUAUGGUGAUCCGAGCAAAGGGAGGUGGGAUUCAGGCUGUUCAAGUUGUUUUGACAAGUUCAAAAGAAGACAAGGAUAUCUUUGAGAAGGAACAACAAUGCAAGGAAGAGGAUCAAAACAAGCUUGUGCGUGGUUUUCGCGAGGUGAUCGAUUUGAUUUCAGCUUCUCAGAAACCUCUUGUUGCCCAGAACUCACUUAAUGAUUUCACGAUUAUUCAUUCAAAAUUCCUAGGUCCACUCCCUCCUUCAAUGGAUGAGUUCAGGACGUCUCUACAUUUGGCCGUUCCCCAUGUUCUUGACAUAAGUCAUCUGAUGGACGAAAUUAGUCCUUUAAAAAAGCUGAAUAGUGUAUCUGCAGCUACUUCUUAUAUGAAACGACGUUUCUUUGCUCCUAUAGAUGCGGAAAUUCCUCAAAAAGUUGAGGCUGAUGAAAGCAAGAGUCAUGGCUAUGAUGUUCUCAGGAUAAGCCAGUUAUUUGCCAAGAUAUGCUCUGUACUGAAAAUAAGUUCAGAAACCGAUAAACACUCAUCUUCAGCUCUCAAAGGAUAUGCAAAUAUCUUCAACCCAUAUUCUGCUAGCUCUGACAACCAUAUGGAGGAGGAUGUUAGACUUUCAACAGACCAUCCACAGAAAAUUAGCACCGAGAAUAUAGUAUUCGUAUGGGGAUUUACCUUAGGAACGUCAGCAAAAAUGCUGAGAAACCAACUUCUGACUUCUUCUGAAGUGUUGUCAGACGAGUUUGAUGUUCGGAUAUUGGACAAGAGUUGUGCAGUCAUUGCAUUUUCGAAGCCUGAUUCAUCAACAAAGUUUCUGGAGGCAAUGGAGUCUGGAGGGAAUAACUGUGAUUCUUUAAGCAACCUGAUCUCGGAAGGCCUAAGAGCUGCAGAUUACGAGACUUAUAAAAGAGUGUGUAGUCUAGGUUUAUGGGAAGUGAAGUUAGCAGAUUCAUUGGACAAGGCUUUGGAAACAGAUUUUGAUGGUCACACAGAAGAUUCACAGAAAGAAUCAACAGAGGUGUACUGGAGGAAUAGUGACCUGAUUAACUUGGAUGAAUUAUAAAUUUCGAAACUAAUCCAGUAAGGCAUAUUAUUUUCUCCUUGUAAUCCACAGUUAACCUUCUUGCUGUAAAUUGUUGUAUACUAAUGUCUCUGCUGCUUUUUAAAUAUAAUUAGAAUGUGUUCCAAAUUA